CCGCUUCCAGCCACCUUUAUUACUAUUGUUUGCAAGGAUUUCCUGGGCCAGUGCAAGGAUGGUGAUCGAGGAGGUGGUGCCCCUGGAGAGCUCCGGCCUGGCGGCGCUGCUGCGGGACCCCCGGGAGAGCGCGCGCACGCUGGCGCUGGACUGCCGGCCCUUCCUGGCCUUCUGCCAGGCGCGCCUGCUGGACUCGCGGCCCGUGCACUGGAACGGGCUGCUGCGGCGCCGCUCCCGCGGCCGGAGCGCCGUCAGCCUGGACUGGCUGCUCCCCGACCGGGCGCUGCUGGCCCGGCUGCGCAAGGGCGAGCUCAGCCACCUGGUGGUGCUGGACGAGGCCAGCCGCUCGCCGGCCGCGCUGCGCCCCGACAGCCUGGCCCGCCUGCUGCUCAACGCGCUCCUGCGGGAGGAGCGGGCCGGCACCUCGCACAUCUACCUGCUGCAAGGUGGCUUUGAGAAUUUCCAAGCCAGUUUUCCAGAACUGUGCUUGACGUCGCCAACACCUGCUACAUCGCCUCCUUCUCCAUCUCCUGCUCUCCAAAGCCCUGAAGACAACAGCACAGAAGCAGUUACUCCCUUGUAUGACCAGGGGGGCCCGGUGGAGAUUCUGCCAUUCCUCUACCUGGGCAGCUGCUACCACUCCUCCAACCGGGAGGUUCUGGAGUCCCUUGGAAUCACUGCUGUGCUCAACGUCUCCUCCAGCUGCCCCAACUACUUCGAAGGCCAGUUCCUGUACAAGAGCAUCCCAGUGGAAGACAACCACAUGGCUGAGAUCAGCGUGUGGUUCCAGGAAGCCAUUGACUUCAUUGAUUCGGUGAAGAACAGCAGCGGGCGCGUGCUGGUGCACUGCCAAGCUGGCAUCUCCCGUUCGGCCACCAUUUGCCUUGCCUACUUGAUCCAGAGCCGCCGGGUGCGGCUGGAAGAGGCCUUCGACUUUGUCAAGCAGCGCCGUGGGGUGAUCUCUCCCAACUUUGGCUUCAUGGGGCAGCUCCUGCAGUUCGAGACGGAGGUGCUGUGUCAUUAGCCCAGCCGCCCCACAGACCCAGCUGGGAGGGUGGGGCAACCUUCCUCUCUGCGGACAAAAAGACUAAUAAUGUGUGUUUUUGUUUACAUAUCCAAGCGGGUGCUGCAGCAAAGGACAAUGUUGUGGUUUUGGUUCAUUUGUUUUCUAUUGCACUAAAUCCUGACUUCAAUCUCAUGACUACAAAAGCAAAACAAGAGUGUAUCAGGAGUGAAGAAAAGAGGGUGGCUCCAACUGUGUGUUGGGAAGCUGUCCUGUCCCUUUGUUGGGGAAGAGCUUUAAGGCCAGAUCUCUUCAGGUGAUGCAUUCUCUCCUUCUCUGCUACAGUCCAAAGCCAGUGCUUAUUGAUCAUUACUGUCCACACACACCCCAAACGCAAAUAAUUGCAGCUUAACACUGUGGCAUCAUAUCCUAGCAAUGGCAAUGCAGCUGUGCUGCAAACUCCUGAUAGUAUUGUCAGAAGGUUUUCUUUUUUUGAGGUUGAAGCUACUUGGGGAAGUGGGAACUGAUUAUCGUAAUGCAAUGAUAUUGUGCUAAUCCAGCCUUCAGCCGUCUGGUGUUCUCCAGAUGUUUCGGACACUGGGGGAGUUGUAGAUCUGGAGGACACCAAGUUAGCAAAGGCUGGGUUAAGCCAUUGUACCCUAUAUGGUAUGCUGAUGUCAAAGUGAAGUAUAAAAUGUGAACAAGCCAGUGA